UUGUUGCUAUAGUAAUAUAAAAAAGAUAAAUAAAUAAUAAAAUUAUAAAUUAAUAAAGAAACAAAAUAUUUAUCAUGUAGUCAAAGUACUUUUAAACUUUCUUCAAUCUCCUUCUAGUUGGAGAUCUCAUCAAUUGUUUGGAUCAACAGCAGUAGGACGAACAAUUACAAAACUAAAAAUAAAGAUGACGCCCCCACUAUUUAUUUGAGAGAAUCGGACAAUUUCUUUGAAAUCGAUAAAAUGAAUUUUUUCUUUUUCGCCAUCACAGUUGAUUAGCAUUGCAGAAAAGAAAGAAAAAAAUAGAACUGAAUUUAUCACCAAAGGGAGUUUUAAGUUUCACAAAUGAGUUAUAUGUUAAGUCGCAGAAUGGGUCGAAUGACAGAAAAGUAUAAUAUCGAGCGACGCGUGGCGCCGACGCCGGGGUUCUUGGUGGUUGGAAAUACUCUCUCAUUUAACUACUCCCGAGUUUGACUUCAACUUCGCCCAGUUUGCCGCCGGUGCUCAUUGUGAAUACUCUUGUUUUUUCAAAAAAAAAAGAAAAAUAACAAAUUUUCACCUGCUCACCAAUAUCAAAAACAACAGACGAUCAUUUUUUCACAAUUAUUGUCGAUAAAUAAAUUUUUCGUGAAAGAAGAUUUUCAUUAUCCAGGAAAAAGAAAUUGAAAAUAAAGGAGAAGAAAAAAAAAAUUACAAGUGAUACAUUUUUUUCGUAAGAAAAAAAAGGACAGGAAGCCGAAAGGGAAGUGUGAAUAUUUAAAAGAAAAAAAGAAGAGACCGAGUGGAAAAAAACUAAUUGCUUUUGAAAAGCCGUCGAAGUGUCAUGAGAGGCGGUUUCACAGUCCGCCCUUCUAAUUGGUCCCUUUUAGAGUCAUGCAUGUCGCGCCCUUCAAACGAGCAAAUUCGGGAUAUGGUCAACAACCGAUCAACGGAACUGGCCAGUCUCACUCGCAGCAACAAAUUCAACAGCCACAGCAGCAGCAACAACAACAACAAGAUCGUCAACAGCAGCAGCAACAGCAACAGCAGCAGCAACAACAACAACAACAACAACAAUCCGGAAAUGGAAACUGGAAUUCACGAGGACCAGGAGAAUCAUUGGGGAAUAAUGGCUGGGAAGGUGGGGCGCCGUUGCAUAAAAAAAAGGGCAUCGCUGGAGGUAUGGGGGAUGACGAAGACGGGAGUGGAGGGUGCGGAGGGCUGGAGGGGACGGACCCAGAGGAGAACCACCCUGUUCACCUCAAGAGACGGGUGGGACUCGUCAGUGGGGUGGCUCUAAUUGUUGGCACAAUGAUCGGAUCGGGAAUAUUUGUUUCGCCAUCGGGUCUCCUCCAACGAACCGGAAGUAUUGGAGUCAGUUUCCUGGUGUGGACAGCCUGUGGAAUUCUCAGUCUCUGCGGUGCACUCGCCUAUGCAGAAUUGGGCACAAUGAAUACAAGUAGCGGCGCUGAAUAUGCAUAUUUCAUGGAUGCAUUCGGUGCGCCGCCCGCUUUUCUCUUCUCAUGGGUCUCAACACUCGUCUUGAAACCAUCGCAAAUGGCAAUUAUUUGCCUGUCGUUCGCUCAAUAUGCGGUCGAGGCGUUUGUCGCCGAAUGCGAUCCACCGCAGGAGGUGGUGAAACUCGUUGCAUUAUUGGCAAUUGUUCUCAUUUUAUUGGUGAAUUGUUACAGUGUUAAUUUGGCGACUGGCGUGCAAAAUGCAUUCACAGCGGCGAAAUUAAUUGCAAUUUUAGUUGUUAUCGUUGGCGGUUCUUAUAAAUUGAUACAGGGCAAUACGCAGCAUUUACGUGAUCCCUUUGAGGUGAGGGAGGAUUUAGGUGGGGCCAGUGGCAAUGGAAUUAAUAUUGGUAAAUUGGCGACUGCUUUUUAUACUGGAUUGUGGGCGUACGACGGAUGGAAUAAUUUGAAUUAUGUCACGGAGGAGAUUAAGAAUCCAUCAAAGAAUUUACCUAGAUCGAUAAUGAUUGGAAUUCCACUGGUGACAUUGUGCUAUGCUCUUAUUAACAUCUCUUAUUUGGCUGUUAUGUCGCCCUCUGAAAUGGUCGACAGCGAAGCAGUGGCUGUGACAUUUGGAAAUCGAAUUCUCGGUGUUAUGGCGUGGCUAAUGCCACUCUCGGUAGCAGUGAGCACGUUUGGAUCGGCAAAUGGAACAUUAUUUGCUGCCGGACGACUCUGUUUUGCAGCAUCACGAAAAGGGCAUUUACUCGAUUGUCUCAGUUACGUUCACGUGCGACGUUUUACACCUGCUCCGGGUCUCAUUUUCCAUUCCAUUGUCGCAGGUACAAUGGUGCUUUCUGGCAAUAUCGAUUCAUUGAUUGAUUUUUUCUCUUUCACGGCAUGGAUAUUUUACGGUGGCGCAAUGCUCGCAUUGCUCGUGAUGCGAAAAACGCGACCAAAUCAUCCUCGACCAUACAAAUGCCCAUUAAUUAUUCCCAUUCUCGUACUUGGCAUUUCAGCGUACCUGAUUGUUGCCCCAAUUAUUGACAAGCCACAAAUCGAGUACCUGUACGCUGCUGGCUUUAUUGGCGCAGGAAUAUUCUUCUACCUCCCUUUCGUUAAAUACGGAUACGUUCCCAAAUUUAUGGAAGGAGUAAACGCUUUUCUCCAGAUGUUGCUCGAGGUGGCGCCAACGGCAGCCGCUUUUGACUGAUAUUAUCAAAAAGGAAAAGCUCACAAAGUUUUAUAAGAUGCCAAAUCAUUCCAUAUUGAAGGCAUCGAAAAUAUAGCGCAAACGAUGCUUAUUUUAAUACAAAAAUGUUUUUUGACAAAAGACGAAUAAAAAGAGAAAGAGAUAAAAGAGAGAGAGAGAGAAAGAUGUUAUUGUUUCACUUUGAAAUGGAUCAAAUCGAUAUCAUAAAAAAUAAGAAGAAAAAAAAUAUAUUAUUUUAUUACUUGUUGUUCUUCCUAUAUAGUGUACAAUUAUACAGAAAAAAAAUGUUACUUGUUAGCAAUAGUUAAUUGGCGUUAUAGCAACAGCAACAGAAAAUUGAUAAAAAAAAUGAAUAAAAAUUUUUAAUCCAA